UCAUUUGUUUAUUAAUUUUUCUUCGGGAAUUUUGAAUUCUGAAAAAAGUGGAUUAACAGCUUUAGUCAAAAUGAUUUCUCAUAAAAUCACCAAAGCUUUAAAACAAAAUUCACGGCCAUUUUUUUCAAUGUUCAAAAAUAAAUACGAUUUAGGAGAAUGCCGCAAUCUCAUCACAGAGUUAGGUCAAGUCUCGGAUGAGCGACCAGUCCCUGAUUAUAUUCCUAAGCCUAGUUAUUACUUCACACCAAUGACUAAACCUGCCAAAACCCUCGGUCCUGUUGAACGAAAAAAUCCUGAACAAAUAAAUGGAAUGCGAGAAAGCUGCCGGCUAGCCGCAAAUAUUUUGCAUUCAGUUCCCUCAAUUCUACAGCCUGGCAUUACUACUGAUGACAUUGAUGCAUUUGUUCACGACAAAAUUAUAAGUGCUGGAGCUUACCCAUCAACGUUACGUUAUUUGGGAUUUCCUAAAUCUAUUUGUACAAGUGUUAAUAACUGUGCUUGUCAUGGAAUACCUGAUGACAGGAAACUAUGUGAUGGAGACAUUAUAAAUGUUGAUAUCACUGUUUUCUUCAAGGGAUUUCACGGAGACUGUUCUAAGACUUAUCUCAUAGGGAAUGUUGACGACAGAGGAAAAUUUUUGGUAGAGUCAACUGAGGAAUGUCUAAAUGCAGCAAUUGAUAUAUGCAAACCAAAUAAAGCAAUCAAUGCGAUAGGAACUGUAAUUCAAGAUUUGGCUCAAAAAAAGAAUCUAAAUGUUUUUCCUCAUUUUACGGGGCAUGGUAUUGGUUCGUAUUUUCAUGGUCCUCCAGAGAUUAUUCCUGUAAAAAAUAGUUACGGAGGCUUUAUGCAACCAGGAAUGACUUUUACAAUUGAGCCAAUUUUGACGUUAGGUGACAUUGAAUGCGAGUUAUGGGAAGAUGGCUGGACGAUCGUUUCUCUUGAUGGAGCGAGGAGUGCGCAGUUUGAACAUACUAUCCUUAUAACUGAUGAGGGCCAUGAAAUAUUAACAUUGCCCAAUUAACGGUCGAAAUAAAAGACAAUAAAAAUUA